AUUGCUUUCUUCAACUGAAGGGCCUCAACCUCCAAACCACUCAGCGGAUCUGAAUGCCCUUCUGGAUUGUCAGCUAAGUGAUGAACUUCAGUAGGGAUGUGGCCCGGCAGACCAGCUGUUAUACAUAUGUGAUGGAGGAAGAAGAUGCGUCCAUGGCAAACCUAAAUGCAGUUGAGUUGGCAGAGAGGGGUGACCUGGCACUCCUGGAAAACCUGGUGAGGAAGAGCCCAGAGGUCCUGAGUGAGAAAGAUGAAUGUGGUGCCAGUCCCCUCCAUCAUGCUGCUGCAGGGGGCCAUGCAAACCUCAUUCAAUUUAUCACCGCUGUCUUAGGCCCAGAGGUGCUGAACAGCUGUGAUGAGCAGGGUAAUGUGCCUCUACACUGGGCUGUCGAGAGAAACAAAGCAGAUAGUUGCAGGGCUUUGUUGGACCUGGGAGCUGACCCCAACAUCCUCAACACAGCCCUCCUGUCCCCUCUGCACCUGGCGAUCAACCUCAGACACAACAGCCUGGUGGUGCUGCUUUUGUCCUGCAGCGCCACAGAUGCCAACCUACAAGGGGACCUUGGAAACACCCCACUGAUUUUGGCCUGUUCCCUCAAUAACUGUGAGGCUCUCAGCAUGUUGAUAAAGCAUGGAGCGAAGCUCUGCCAGCAGAACAAGCUCGGCCAUUUUGCCAUGCAUGCUGCUGCCUUCGCAGGCUCAAAGAAAGCAAUGGAAGUUAUUCUGAAGGCCGGAGAGGAGUUUGGCCAUGCUACAGUGUCCCACAUCAACUAUUUAGACAAGUCCAAUAGCAGCCCUCUCCAUCUGGCUGUACGUGGCGGGAAUAUCGAGACCAUCCGUCUCUGCAUUGCUUCUGGGGCCAAAAUAGACCAGCAACAGAACGAUCGAUCCACACCGCUUCAUCUAGCCUGCACACAGGGGGCUACUGAGGUUGUGAAAUUGAUGCUCUCCACUGUUGACCAAGUAAAAGACAUCAUCAACCUAACAGAUGGGGCUUGCCAGACUCCUUUACACAGGGCUACAAUAUUUGAUCACACCGAGCUGGCGGAGUACCUCAUUUCUUUGGAUGCAGACCUUAACAGCACCGACUGUAAAGGAAACACUCCUUUGCUGUUGGCCACCUUCUGUGGAGCAUGGAAAACCGUAGCUCUGCUGCUGUCAAAGGGGGCUGAUGUUACUGCAACAGACAAAUGUGGCUGUAACUUCCUUCACCUCGCCAUUCUGCAACCCAAAGGCCUGAAAAAUCUCUCAGAAGAAGUGCUGCAGCAAAACAAUGUGAAGGCAUUGCUGAGCUGUGAGGAUAAUGAGGGCUGCACCCCCUUGCAUUACGCCUGCAGGCUGGGGAUUCAUGACUCAGUGAAGAACAUGCUGGGCCUCUCGGGGCAGGUUGGCCUCGCAUGCAAGUCCAAGGACAAGAAAUCUGCUCUGCACUUUGCUGCUCAGUAUGGACGAAUCAAUACCUGUCAUCGGCUAUUGGAGACCAUCACAGACUCGCGUCUGCUAAAUGAAGGUGAUGAGCGGGGCCUGACACCUCUCCAUUUAGCUUCAAAAGGGGGACACACUAAGGUGGUUCACCUGCUGCUACGUAAAGGAGCUUUGUUCCACAGUGACUAUAAAGGAUGGACUUGUCUUCACCACGCUGCAUCUGAAGGGUACACACAAACAAUGGACAUCCUACUGUCAGCCAACAUCAAGUUAUUGGAUAAAACUGAUGAGGAUGGGAACACUGCGCUCCACAUCGCUGCAAGAGUGGGACAUGUAGCUGCAGUCAAGCUGUUGCUGGCCAGAGGGGCAGAAAUCAUCUUAAACAAGAAUUAUACUUCAUUCCUGCAUGAAGCUGUGCAAAAUGCAAAGAAAGAGGUGGUCAAUGCUGUGAUUGACAGUGGCAGAUGUGAUGAAGCAAUGAAAGAAUUCAUUCCCGGUACUAACCAGCGGUGCCCCAUACUAGACAUGAUUGAGUUUCUGCCUGAGACCUGCAAGCACCUCCUGGACCGCUGUGUGAGGGAGUCUGAUGAUGACCACAACAGCCCUGAUUACAACAUUGAAUACAAUUUCAGAUGGUUUCAGGCUCCUAUUUCAGCAAAGAAGUUAACUGAUGAUUCCGUGAAGGUUCAACCGCUAGCUGCUGUCAACGCAAUGGUGCAGUACAACCGAAUUGAACUUCUCAACCACCCUGUCUGCAAGAAGUAUCUGGCAAUGAAGUGGCUUGCUUAUGGAAGCAAGGCCCAUUUGCUCAACAUGUUUUUGUACCUGUUAGGGCUGUUGCCCUUCACUCACCUGAUUGUGAGACUCAGACCUUCGAUGAACAGCACCGACACAGGCGAGCAUGAAAUCAUCAUGGUGCCUGUAUCUUUCAGAGAGCAAAGUGUAUUCUUGUCCUUCUGCAUGGUGAUGGUUUUGGUCAUGAACAUCUACUCCGUAGUGAAAGAAAUAGUGCAGAUGUCACAGCAGCGCCGGAAUUACUUCCGGGAUUAUUCCAACUUCGCAGACUGGACAUCAGCUGUUUUCUCUCUUUUAUUUGUCAUUCCCCUCAUGCUGAAUGUUCAGGGUUCUUUUCACUGGCAAGCAGGGGCAUUCGGAGUUUUAAACUCCUGGAUUGCAUUUCUUCUUUAUCUCCAGAGGUUUGAGGGUGUUGGCAUCUAUGUUGUGAUGUUUGGGGAGAUCUUAAAGACACUGGUCCGUAUUGUGAUGCUGUUUAUGUACCUGAUGUUGGCCUUCAGCCUGGCAUUUUAUGCCCUGAUGCUCAACAAGAGGGAAUUUAGCAGUGUGCCGCUCUCAGUGAUGCAAACCUUUGUGAUGAUGGUCGGGGAACUUAACUACCAGGGCAACUUCCUGGAUGCUCUUCUGAAAAAUGAGCUUCCCUUUCGGCUCAUGACAUACUUUAUUUUUGUGCACUUUGUUCUGCUGAUGCCAAUCCUGCUGGUGAACCUGAUGAUCGGUUUAGCAGUUGGAGAUAUUGCUGAAGUUCAAAGAAAUGCUGCCCUGAAACGAAUAGCAAUGCAGAUUGAUCUUCACACUGCUCUGGAAGACAAGCUCCCAUACUGGUUUAUGAAAAGAGUCGACAAGCCCUCCAUCACCAUCUAUCCCAAUCGCAAGUGCUCCAAGCACUUCUUAAAACAACUCAUCUCAGGUGAAGAGGAACAAAAUGAAGUCUGGAGUCAUAUGAAGUCAAAGUCACAAAGCUGCACUUUGCUUGAGAAUGAAAUCAGAAAGCAGAAGUCCAGGAUGAAAGAGAUGUCAAGCAUGCUGGAGAAGCAGCACUGCCUACUGAAACUCAUCAUUCAGAAGAUGGAGAUCACUUCUGAGGCUGACGAGUACGACGGACCUGUGAGCGUCCGUGGCAACAUGUGGCCCAGCUUGAGUCAUGCCACAGCAAAAGGCCGCAGCACAUCUCGGUGGGUCCCGCUCAUUAAGGCCCUCGAGUCUAAACGCAAGUGAAGAGAUUAAGGCAAACACAGCAACAAUUAUACAAUUUUGUAUUAUAUAUUUUCACAAUAUUAUGCGACUAUAGAUGCAAAUGGUAUAAAUAUGGUAUAAAACAGUCAUUAAUAUACUUAAUUAUGUGAAGAUAGAUUAGCAGAAUUCAUUAUGUACUCUGCAUGCUACCACAGGCAAUUUAAUGCAGUUAACUGUCUGACAGUUUUUCCCAUCACUUUGGCUCAUUUUUUGAAAAGAUUUUAUUUCUGAUACUUCUUUAAGAUGUAAAAGCUAUUUCACGUGACAGCAGAUGACAUGCCAGGUCUCACUUGUAUACACAUUUAUUCAAUCAUCCAAAAUAUUUAAUAGAUGCUUCAAAAUCAGACUGCACUGGUCAGAAAUGAGUCAAAUAUACAUAGAAACAUAGUACAUUUACUGUAAUAAGAACAUGUAGCAUUUUUUUUUUUCAUUGCAUUAUCAAACUAUACAAAUUCUCCUGCUCCACUUACACAUCCUGUCAUGUUCACCAGGGCAGAUAAAUUCCUACAAAUUACAGUUGAGGUUUUCCCCCUCAUUUUACUAGAAUAACAUAACAUCAUACCUCAAAUGAUGUCAAAAUGGUAGUUUUAAUCUCAUCAGUUAUGGACAGCAAGUCAUGUUACUUUGUGAAGGGAAUUGUGAUGUCACAAACAAAAUGUCAGGUCUUAUGUCAUGAAUUAUCUGCUGUGUCAGGUUACAAAUCCAUCCAUCCAUUUUCUAUACCCGCUUAAUCCAAUUCAGGGUUGAGAGGGAGCUGGAGUCUAGCCCAGCUGCUAUCAGGCAAGAGGCACAGUACACCUUGCAUAGGUCACCAGUCCUUCACAGGGCCAACAGAGAGACAAACAAGACAAACAACCACAAUCUAUAAUGCAUGUUCUUGAACUGUGGGAGGAAGCUGGAGUACAUGUAAAAAACAUGUGUAUGCACAUACAAACUAAACAGAAAGGCCCCAGCUGAGGUCAAAUCCAGGAAAGUUUUUGUUGUGACCACAGUUAGAAAAAAAGUACAAGCAACUGUGCAAACUGUGGACAACUGAGUUAACUUUUAAAAUAUAUGAGUGAAAAGAUGUGCAACUUGCCAAGUGAUUAAUUCAGCUCUGUUGUAAACAAACUAAAUGCUCACAUACUUAAGCAUACGGUUCUAAAAUAAAUAGUUUGCAUUCAAGACUUGAGCCAAAGCAAAUGAGAAAACUGUAGUUCUGCUGAACUGAGCACUGAACUAUUGGAAUAAUAGUGGAAUAAUUAGUAAAAUUUGUCACCAGCAUCCAGCAAGUGACAAUAGGCAUGUGCUUAUAAAAGUAAUUUUUUUGUUUUGUAUGCAUUGUUACCAUGUGGCUGUAAUCUUGUAAUGUGUCUCUGUGUUUUUAAUCUUUCACAUAACCUGUGUAAUCUCUUCAUUUGUUUCACACAACCAAAUAAA